AAUAUUCUAGUAAUUAAUUCCACUUUUUAUCUUAAUUAAUUUUAAUUAAUGGCUUUCUUUUGUGUGUGUGUUCAUUUUAAAGUCCCCAGCAAAGUGCUCCAAUGCAUGAUUAUCAACGUUGGAGCCGAUAGAUUUUGCUUUUUUUGAGUUUUAUUUUUUUGUUUCCUGUCUUAAAGAAAUUAUAACUUUUUGUUCAUCAUCGCUUCGAUUUCCUCUUGCUCGAUUGGGGGAUUUUAGGGUUCGAUUUUGCUCAUUUUCUUUUGAUUUUUGGAUGGUGUAAUGUGAGGAAGUUCGUUAUGUUAAAGAGGCAGUCCAACGCCACUCUCUACAGAAUCGCACGAUUCGAUUCGCAAACCCUAAUGUCUGCUUACACCGAUCCCCUCUCUCUGCGAUCCCUCCACACUCGAUCCAUCGGCGACAGAUUCGAUGGAGCUUUCGUUAACAGAACCAAUCCCAUUGAAAUUUACAACAGCACUGCCUCUAAUGGCUUGCUCAAGCGUAAUAAAGGCGGAAAGCCCAAUGGAUUGUUAACCCUGAGAAGCUGUUUCGAUUCUCACAAAAAGGCUGAUCAGAAGUCGCGAGCUUUAGCUCAGCACCGGCGGCUUCUCCAUGGAUUGGGAUCUGGGCCGAGGGAAGAGCGCGGCGGCGGAACCACCGACCUGGCGGAUGGCCGUGGUGCGUAUCUGCGUAGUAACACGACGAAGCUCCAAGGAAGCGAUAAGAUUGCUGUGGCUGUUGACAUAGACGAAGUUCUUGGAAACUUUGUCUCGGCCCUUAACAAGUUCAUUGCGGACCGCUAUUUGUCAAACCAUUCAGUCUCAGAAUACCAUGUCUACGAGUUCUUCAGGAUAUGGAACUGCUCUCGUAACGAAGCUGAUUUACGUGUUCAUGAAUUCUUCAAGACAUCAUAUUUCAAGAAAGGGAUCCAUCCUCUUCCAGGUGCCCAUAAGACUCUUCACAAGCUAGCAAGACACUGCGAGCUUUCAGUCGUGACGUCUCGGCAGAACGCGAUAAAAGAUCACACACUUGAGUGGAUCGACAUACAUUUCCCGGGAUUGUUUAAACAGAUUCAUUUCGGGAACCAUUUUGCUCUUCAUGGAGAGUCUAAACCAAAAUCCGAAAUCUGCAGAUCAUUUGGAGCAGAGAUAUUGAUUGACGAUAACCCGAGAUAUGCCGAGGAAUGCGCUAACAUUGGGAUGAAGGUUCUCCUCUUUGACUAUGAAAAUUCAUACCCUUGGUCUAAAUCUGACUCUGUGGAUAGACAUCCUUUGGUGACUAGAGUUCAUAAUUGGGAUGAGGUGGAGCAGCAUAUUCUCUCAUGGGUAGUAUCAAAGUGUUGAAACAUUUCUGCGAAUUAUUAAUGUCAAUUAUUUUGCCACUGCAAAAUCAUAGUAUUGAUGUUAGAAUUCUAUGUAUAAACAUGAAAGAAGGCAAACAAAACCCAGAAAGCUUGAUGGGAGAAUAAGUAGCAAUCGAAAUGGAAUUAGCGUAAAUUGUCACGUUUUAAAGUUUAUAGCAUUAUUCUUUUGAUCUGUUUAGUUUGGCUGUAAUAAACUACUCUCUCUGUUUCUAAAA